AUGGACGACCGUCGCGCGUGGCAGCUCGUGCGAUGGCUGCUGCUGCUAGCGCUGAGCGCACUCGUGAGUAGCAACGAGCUCGUCCUUAUCUCGCAGCCUGUCGCGACGGCCGCGGGCAACGAGCUCUCGCCGCCACCGACAUUGCAGCUCGAAGACGGCGCCGGAACCGUCCUGCACCACGUCAAUAGCGGCUUUGUGUCCGUGUACAUUAGCGACAAUCCGCGCCUCUACGCGCAUCUUUCUGGCGCGUCUGGGCUCGCCUUCCCGAUCGUCGGCGGUGUCAUCACGUGCACGGGGCUCUCGAUCGACUUGGUCGCUGCUGGCUACACGCUUACGUUUGUCUCGCUCUCGUUUGGCGUCCAAACGACCUCACAUCCUUUUGACAUCCUCCUCGGACUCCCGCAUACCAUCGCUUUAACGACGGCCUUGGGCGCGACGACCGGCGGCUCCCCCUUUGCGCCGCAGCCCAGUGUCUCGAUCGUCGACAAAGGCGGCAACGUUGUUCAUAGCGUUAGCGCUG